AUGAAAACCAGUAGACGAUUAGGAAAUGGAAAGCCGCGAAGAGGUCAUGCAUCUAAAACUAAGAAAUCGAGAUCAACUUCACCAGCACCAUCAACAGGAGCACCUCGCACCCGAGAUCUACUGCAACGUUCAAGGAAUAUUUUUGCUCGAGAUAACAAGCUAUCAACAUUAUUCUCAUCCCAAACUGAAAGCACCCCAGAUCCAACCACGCGGAGAGCCAACCAGCUUCCAUAUGCGGAGGAGGACGAAAGUUUCUUUGAGCGAGAUAGCUCACCACCCCUUGACAUUAGAAGGAAAAAGAGGCUGACCACACCCCCAAGCCAAUUUCAGCAAGAAUCGGGAUACAGUACGAGAGAUUCUCCACCCGAAAACUUAUCCGAUGACUUUUUCAAUAUCCUGAAGCCCAAAACCGCAAACAAAGUGAGGAAACUGAAGAGCUCAUCUUUGCACAAGACGUCGCAAGAGAGAUUGAAAGGUCAACUACAGUCUCCAUUAAAGGGUCAUAAUGAGUUUGCAACGCGCGGGGAUUCUAAUAGGGAGCAUAGCCAGAGCACAAGGAGAUUGUCAUAUAACAGUCGAGGGAGAAGAGUUAGUUCAAUGGGGAACGGUUUCGAAGGCGAGCCCCACCAAGACGUUCCAGUUUCAGAAUAUUAUAAGCACCUCGAUAAAUCAAUUCCAGAAUCAGAUAGGAUGCGACAGCUUUUGAUAUGGAAUUUGAAAACGGAGCUUGACAAGGAGGAAAAUGAAUUGAGGAAUGACCAGCGCCUGCUAUCGGCUGAGAAUCAGACUGUUCAUAAUAUUGCAAAAACAUUGACUGAUGAAUUAAUUCAACUGUUGAAGGGUUAUUCAAUAUCGACUGAUUGGAAGGACAGCAGUCCGCACAAAACUGACUCAGUGCUUUUGCCAAACCCUAAGAAUAAGACCAACUUGGAGAAUAUCAGAAAGUAUACCAAAGAGUUGGAUGCAUUAAAAAGCGAAAAGCAUGAAUGGGAAUCAGCAUAUCAGCGAUUGACUUCUCUUAUAGACACAGUAGCAACUGAGCAGGACAUAGAGGAUUUUGCAAGCAAUUUUAAGAAUCAAGAUAUACCAAGGGACCUUUCAUUAGACCCUAGUUUUGCCAAUGUGGAAAGAAACUUUUUGGACAUUCAUCAAAAUUUGUCAAAAGUGCAAUCUGACGUUGAUAUGCUAUAUUUCUCGGGUCGCCAAAUGGAACGAUUAACUGAAUCAAUCAACAAAAACGGCAAAGAGGACUUACUGAAAGAGAUUUCAAAAUUGUUGGCAAAAUCGUUACCAAAACCGAUGCCACAGCCUGACGAAAAACUGACGGAAACAAAAGACCUACUACGGGCUAUAUGCUUUUAUGCAAAUACGAAAUAA